AUGUAUCGCAAACGCAACGGUUCCCUUGGCUUCUCCUUCACCCGCUUCGCCAACGCCGCCGUCCCCAACUUCUUCGCCGAUGAAACACCUUCGCACACAGUUGACCUGACUGGCUACCGCCGGGACAUGUGCUACAUGCAUCAAAUCGCCUCGGCCAACCCCUACACGCUCGACGAGCGAUCCUUCUACGUCGCGGGCGUCGUCGAUUCAGAGAGCGUGAGUCGGAAAGUAUACGCCAAACUGAAAAAGAACGAGAUCCUCAAGGAAGACGGACUGGUGGACACGUACAAGAUCGGGCCCCAGUUCCCCCACCAAUUGGCCCUGUUGAACAUCUACCGGCAAAAGGAGCUCGUGAGAAUGCUCUUCUGGUGGGAGGAAGAGUGCCAGCGUCUGCGCAAGUUGGACGCCGAGGAGAAAGAUUUGGAUGUGCUGAUUUCUGGGGAGGAAGUCAAACUCACCACGACGGCCGAGGAUGGGGCGGAGAGACAAGCCGUCAAGGAAACCUUGGACCAGUUGAAGUUCGCGAGGGAACGGGUGAGAAUGAAGAAGAGACAGAGACCCAGUCAGAGGGAUCCGGAUGUGGAGGCCGACAAGGACGAUAUCAUGAUGGCGUUUCAUGGGCGGAGCAAGAGCGUGCCGAAUGUUGGUGUUGGUCCCGAUGGAGGGAUCGUUGGUUCGAGUCGACCGAUACAAGAGGGCCAGCCGCCGCAGUACUUUCCGGGUUCAUGA